UAAAAGAAAUCUGAAUAACGUCAAGAGAAUGGCUUCACAUCCAGUCCAUCAGUAUUAUCUUACAGGAGCACAAGAUGGGAGUGUUCGAAUGUUUGAGUGGACAAGGCCACAGCAAUUGGUCUGCUUUCAGCAGGCUGGGAACGCCAGGGUUACACGAAUGUAUUUCAAUUCCCAGGGCAAUAAGUGUGGUGUUGCUGAUGGUGAAGGAUUUCUAAGUAUUUGGCAAGUAAACCAAACCACCUCAAAUCCUAAGCCUUAUCUGAGUUGGCAGUGUCAUAGUAAAACCACAAGUGACUUUGCGUUUAUAACCUCUUCAAGUCUAGUGGCCACGUCGGGACAGUCCAAUGACAACAGAAACGUGUGCCUCUGGGACACUUUGGUUUCAUCUGCUAACAGUCUUGUACAUGCCUUCACUUGUCACGAUCAUGGUGCCACGGUACUACAGUAUGCACCUAAGCAUCAGCUGCUGAUUUCUGGUGGUAGGAAGGGAUAUAUCUGCAUCUUUGACAUCAGACAGAGGCAAAUCCUUUAUACCUUCCAAGCACACGAUUCAGCUGUUAAGGCCCUUGCACUGGAUCCUUCUGAGGACUAUUUUGUUACAGGCUCAGCAGAAGGUAACAUGAAGGUAAGCUAUAGAGUAGCUGAGUUGUAAUAGAAGAGUAUUUAUCUUAAGUAGUGCAUAGAUAUAUCUUGGUCUGUAAAUAGGUACGUGAAUGUGGUAGCAAAACAGCUGAAAAAAAACAAAAGCCCACAAAACUUCUACAUUUGAUAAACAGAAUGCUUACUUUUAUCUUUCAAGUAUAAGAUUAAAUAUCCUGAUAUCUCUGUGUUCUCCACUAAAAAAGAUAAAAGUCUUUUAAAAAUUGCAAUUUUAAAUGGUUAAAGCAAAAUUCAUGACUCCAAAAUCUUAU